CACCGAAGAAAAUCCCUCUAAAAUUCUAAAUCCCUCUUUUUGUAUAUAUAAAAAAAAAAAAAAAGGUCGGGACAAAAUCAGAACAGCCAACACCAUGGAAGAGGUUGAUCGAUUGUUUGAGUGCUUCAAGUGCGGAUUCUCUCCUCCACAAUCUGCAUUUAGAGAAAGAAAAAGAAGAAAAAGUAAAUUGAAGCAUGGAAGUUCGCCUUCACCUUCUGGAAUUCUAUCUCCGGGAUCGGCUGGAAAAAUACACGAAAUACCUACACAUCUACAGCUCUCCAUUGAGAAAUCUGAUUCACCAUCAGUUAGAAAAAACAGAAGGAAGCAGUUCUCUCCGAUCGUAUUCUACGGGUCUCCACAUGGUGUUCCCCCAAAGAGACCAUCCAGCUUGUUGCAAUUAUUACAUCAAAUACGUGUCGAUCUCACUGAACAGAAUAAAUUUAGCUUGAGGAAGGAAAUAUGGGCUACAUUUCCGAGGCAGGAUGAAGCAAUAAAGUUUGCCAAAGGGCAUGAGCAUGUUCAUGUUUUUAGUUAUCAAGACCACUUUAACGGUCAAAGAAGGUUUCUUGUCUCAACGUACAAAUAUUUUUGGCAAAGGUAUAAAAACAUGGAUUCCAAAUUUCGGCAUCAUUAUGAAGUGAUUCAAGAGGGUUUACCGUGCCACCUUUACUUCGAUUUGGAGUUCAAUAGGAGAGUGAACAUAGACAAUAAUGAAGAUGAAAUGAUUGAUCUCUUGUUGUCAAUCAUUUUCAAAGCCUUCCAUGAAAAAUACUCCAUUCAAGGAAACCUGGACUGGAUAGUUGAGCUUGAUUCCUCCACUGAGGAAAAGUUUUCUCGUCACUUAAUCAUCCGCAUACCAAAGGCUGCUUUCAAGGACAACUCACAUGCAGGUGCAUUUGUUGCUGAGAUAUGCUCUCGGAUUCUAAUUGAGAGGCAAAGUGAUGGAAGAUUUGAUAAACUGUUUGUGAAAAAAGAUUCAAGCUCCACUACAUCCUCAAGCCAACUUUUUGUUGACACUGCUGUUUAUUCUAGAAAUCGUUGCUUUCGUUUAGCCCUAUCUUCAAAGGCCGGGAAGAGUUCUGUGCUUUUACCUACAGGGCGGUUCAAAUGUAAGGACAUGCUGUGUGAGGAAGACAUGUUCAUGGCAUCCUUGAUCUGCAAUAUGGAUAUCGAUUGCGAGAAGCUUCUAGUCUGCAAAAUGGAGUUAGAUUGUGUGAAGACCCUACACUUUGGUACAGAGGUAAAUCAUAAUUUUGCCACGAAUUGUGUUGCCUCGCAAGAAUUUCCAUUGAGUGCUUGCACAAGUGAUCUUACAACAACAUACUUCCUGGGAAAGUCGCCAUUUCCGGCACUUGACAAAUUUGUUGAAUCCAUCGCCUCCAUUGGCAAUGUAUCAGGAAAAAUCCGAAGCUGGUAUUGGUUUUCAGAAUAUGGACUGAUGGUCUACAGCAUGUCUAGAAAUAGAUACUGUGAACGAAUUGGUCGACAGCAUAAAAGCAAUCAUGUGAUGUACAUUGUUGACCUGAGAAGGGCUGUAUAUUAUCAGAAAUGUCAUGAUCCUGACUGCAGAGGUUACCGGUCUCCUCUGCGAUUGAUCCCAGAUGACAUCACUCCUGAUCCUUCAUUGUUCUUUGACUCUAAUCAUACAGCGAAUCAUGGUGGCCCAACAUUAAAUAACCCUGACCAUCAAUUUCUUGAUAAUGACGAGAAAAAUGUCUUGCUUCACAAUGAUGAAAACUUUAUAGACAGCUUCAGCAAAGAUUCUUGGUGGCUUGAAGCCUCUAGAGUUGCAGAGGAUAUCGAAAAUAAGAAAAAUUCUAAACUCAGCAACAUGGAGACGAUUGAUGAUGAAGAUGAUGAGUGGUGGAUGGCUGUAGAAAGGACUGCAUCCCAGGCUGAAUUAAACCUCUUCAACUAAAAUGGGGUUGAAGCAGUUGGUUGAUGUGUAAUACAGUCAUAAGUUGUGCAAGUGUCCCACAUUUCUUUUGAAAAAGAGUGUAGUUUGAUAUUUAAAAAUUAAUUUUUUUAUGUGGAUCUCAUAUUUAUUUACUUUUUUCAAAAAGAGUGUGUGGUGCUUGCAUAACUCAUGAUUGCAAAUAUCAUCUCUUUUGGUUGAUAAACAUUACUAUGGUCUUGAUGGAAGAUACAUUAUGCGGUUUCCUUACUCUGGAAGCAAUAGUUUUGGUGACUUAUGGGGAUUGCCUUGCAAUUUGAAUUGCCGCCAAUGUUGGGGUUCCAUGAUGCAAGACAUAAACACCAACUAACGUGGCAGCAGCAUGUGAUUGUUUUCUGGUAGAUCCUGUGAAGUGGAAAGUUGUGAUCUCCAGCCAAGCACUAUCAGGAUCAGCUCAUGAGCACCAUUUUCAACGGCUAAAUUAUCGCGUCAACAAACCAUUUGAUUUGUUUCCCGAUUUUCUGAUUUACUUCCCGUUUUUUCGAUUGUUUCUUUUUCUUGAUCAAUAAUUUUCCUAUUAUAUAUUAAUCACCAUUUUAAUAAAGGUAUUUGGCUUGGUUUUCCACAGUAAGAGAAAUGUGUGGUAAUUGCGUUUGCUACUAGUUUGUGGUGAACUUUGCAACACUAUCUUUUUUUCUUCCUAGUUUGUGGUGAACUUGCAAGAAGCGGUCGGUACAGAUCAUUUGAGUAUUAGUUGCAAUUAGAACAAUCAGAUUGUUAAAAAGGGGGAAAGCACAAAUGUAAUCCAUAUAUGAAUUUCUAUGAUAAAUUGAUCUGGUGAAAAUAUUCCCGUUUCUUUCAAGUAUAAAUUAAAUGAAUGGUGGUUUAGUGAGUUCUUUGAAAUGCUUUGAAGGCAUUCCACGAAAAUCGGGUUGUGGUUUGUAGUGAUUCUACUUUGGGUAUGAUAAUAUUUUAUUUUUAC